UAAAACUUGUUGCCGAUAACUAGUUUGCGUCAGUUUAGUUGCUCCGCUAACACUCAGUCUCCAAUUCACCAUUCUCUCGGGUGACACGAGCGAAGGAUAUUGUGUUGCAAUUCAAAAAGUCUGUGUAAAAUGGCGCCAAAGCUUAAGACUGAGAAAGUUGGUAUAGUUGGCAGUGGUCUCAUUGGGAGGUCAUGGGCGAUGCUCUUCGCUUCAGUCGGCUACCAAGUGACAAUCUUCGAUAUUAUUCCAAAGCAAGUCUCGGACGCACUCGAAGAUAUUAAGGUCCAACUAAAAACAUUGGAAAAAGACGGCUUACUACGUGGCAGCCUCAACGCUGAUGAGCAAUUUAGCUGUAUCAAAGGGUCUACGAAUUUAGCGGUAGCUGUAAAAGAUGCGAUUUUCGUCCAAGAAUGUGUGCCAGAAAACCUAGACCUAAAGAAAAAAGUAUUCCAAGAUUUGGACAAAGUUGUAGAUGAUAAAACUAUUCUCUCCAGUUCAACAAGUACAACACUGCCUUCACUGUUCUCUGCAGACUUAAAACACAGAUCACAAGUCGUUGUAUCGCAUCCAGUAAAUCCUCCUUAUUACGUGCCGUUAGUUGAAAUAGUACCAGCUCCAUGGACGAAGCCCGAGGUAGCCAAGAAGACCAGAGAAAUAAUGAUAGAGAUUGGACAGGAGCCAGUAUCGCUGUCCAGAGAGAUUGACGGCUUUGUAUUAAAUCGUAUUCAGUACGCCAUUUUAAAUGAAGUCUGGCGUUUGGUUGAUGACAAAGUCGUGGACGUUAAAGACGUCGAUAAAGUUAUUUCGGAAGGACUGGGAAUGCGUUACGCUUUCCUCGGCUCCUUAGAAACGGCGCAUUUGAAUGCUGAAGGCAUGAAGAGUUACAUUGAAAGAUAUGGAGAAACUAUCCAUAGUGUGAGUAAUACGUUUGGUGACAUACCACGGAUGACCACGUCUAAGAGCGCGGAUACAAUCUGCGCACAAUUAGACGCGAUGGUCCCCCUGGAGCGACUGCCCGAGCGCCGCGCGUGGCGGGACGCGUGUCUCACGCGAUUGGCGCUCCUUAAGAAGGAAAUGAACACCAAAUACAAGAAAAAUUAAAAUUCAAAUGCCAAAGAGUUAUGUUAAAACAAUGCACAUGGUAUAUUUUAUAAACUGUACAACUGUUCCUAUUUAUUCAUUAAGCAAUCGUUCGGCUUUAUAAGAUCAGUUAUGUGAUACGUGUGUCAUUAGUUCUUAUAUAUAAAAUGUUAAAAGCAAAAUGAAAAGAUUUCAAAAAAUUAUUUUCUAUUAAAAGAACAAAGCAACCUUGUUAAUAUUUUAUUGAAUAAAAAUGUAAAACCAUACAAAUUGUAAGCUUUUUAUUGUUCAUAAGUAGGUAAUAUCAAUUUAUUUGAAGGAGGUACGUACUUAGGGAAACAAUAUUAACUUAAUCGUAGUUGUUGCAGCAAUAAGUGCAAUGAAGUGGUUGCGAUAACAAUAAGCAGGCUCCUAACAUAAUGUAUGAGGAUUAUUUAGAUAAAAAACUAUACUAAUCAUUUCAUCUAGAAAAUUUCCAUAACUUGUUCUACUUAUAUAAUAUAAAACUAAUGGAUUAUUAAUUGUAUGUAUAAUUAAUUACUUUUAUAUUUUAUAUUUAAUUACUUUUUAUUUAUUUAUAUAUAUGUAUAUAUAUAAAAACGUUUAAGGGUUCGCAUUUUCCUAUUUUUGAAAGAAUCCUUUAUUUUAAUUAAUUAUUACUUUAGCAUAGUAAAAAGUAAAAACGAAUAAUGAUUUAUUUUACUUUACCAAAAUGGAUACAGGUACCUAGUACCUAACUUAUAAAUGUAACCACAAAUAAUGUUUUAUAUUACAGUUUACGUACUUGAAGUUCUCAAA